AUGGGUACCAUUCGAGAUCCGUCGCCGUCGUCGACGCUAGCUGCGCGCGAAGCAGCGAGCGAGACGGCAGGCGAGCCGACGCUGCCGAGUAACGGCAGCAGCUCCGAGACGGAGCGCGAAACCUACGACAAGUCUCGGGACGACAAGGGCGACUCGGAUGACAGCGAAAAGGGCUUCGAGGACCGUGGAAUUGUCGAGCUCGACCAGGCUGGAACGAAGCGCCGCAUCCGCGUAGUCGUUGAGGACGAGACCGGCAAGGAACGCCUGAAGGAUGUCGGCAGCGGCGAAUACACCGCGCCCAGAUGGCGCCACUCGCUCCCCUUCAUGAAGCCUAAGCACCCGCCGCCGCCGGCACCGCUAUCCAUGGACGCUCCGCCAGUGACGCCCGAAGUAUCCGCCAACUGGCUCAGCUAUAUGACGUUCAACUGGAUCAGCCCCAUGAUGGCACUCGGCGCCGCGCGUACCCUCGAGGCGUCGGACAUGUACAAGAUGGACGACAAGCGGAGUGCGGGACUUCUGGCGCAGAACCUGAUGACCAACUACGAGCGGCGCAAGGAGAAGGCCACCGCGUACAACAAGAAGCUGGAGGAUCCCAAUACGCCGCUCCCCUUCCCGCAGCGCAUCACGUACCCCCUGAUGCCGCAUCGGGAGAAGCGCGAGGCCGACUUCAAGAACGAUAAGAGCAAGAAGAAACCCAGUCUGGCGUGGGCGCUCUCGGACACGUUCGGCAUGUCCUUCUGGUCUGCGGGCAUUAUCAAGGUGUUCGGCGACACGUCCACGGCAUGCUCUACGCUCAUCAUCCGUGCCCUGAUCAAGUGGGCGACGCAGUGGGAGUACGCGCGCAAGGGACGGCCAGGGGUCGAGUAUCCCCACAUCGGACAAGGUGUCGGUUUCGCCAUCGGCCUCUUCUGCCUUCUCACCUUCGGCUCCUUCUGCAUGCACCACUACUUCUAUCGGUCCAUGGGUGUCGGCGUACUUUCACGUAGUGCGCUUAUCUCGGCUAUCUACCACCACUCCCUGCGGUUGACUCAGAAGGCGAGAGGCGAACAUCCGAACGGCAAGAUCGUCAACCACAUCUCGACCGACACGGCUCGUAUCGACUUCUGCGCUGGCUUCGCACACAUUGCAUGGACAGCUCCCGUACAGUUUGUGGUAAUCUGCGUGAUCCUCAUCGUUCAAAUUGGUUACUCUGCGUUGCCGGGACUCGCGUUCCUGCUGAUUAUGGCGCCCGGACAGACAGUCAUGAUGCGUAGGCUGUUCGCGCUCCGCAAGAAGUCGAUGAUCUGGACCGACAAGCGUGCCAAGCUCCUCCAGGAGAUCCUCGGUGGAAUGCGCAUCGUCAAGUUCAUGAGCUGGGAGAUGCCUUUCCUCAAGCGUCUCGGUGCUAUCCGUGGAAUGGAGCUCAAGUAUCUCCGCCAGCUGCUCAUUCAGCGCUCCGGUAUGAUGGCCUACGCCAUGUCGCUCCCCGUCCUCGGCACCAUUCUCAGCUUCAUCACGUAUUCGCUCACCUCGCACGACCUUGAGCCCGCCACCAUUUUCACCGUCGUCUCGCUGUUCCAGAUGACCCGCAUGCCUUUGCUCAUGUUCCCGAUGUGCCUGUCAUCUCUGGCAGAUGCGCUGAACGCGCUUGGACGUAUCCAGAUCCUCCUCGAUGCCGAGGUCAACACCGACGAGAAGAUUGUCGACUACGACAUGAAGGACGCUGUGGUUAUCGACCAUGCGUCUUUCACGUGGGACGCUGCCCCUCCUGUUGAGGAUGCCGUCGCCAAGCUUGAGGCCAAGCUCGUCGCGGCUCAGGCGAAGCAGGACCGUGCCGGCCGCAAGGAGAAGAAGGAGAAGGCCAAGAAGGCUCGCAAGGGUGACAAGUCUGGCGCCACGACUCCUGCGCCUGCCAAGACGCCCAAGAAGUCCGGCGCGGUCACUCCCGUCGUUGAGGCCGAGGCCGAUGUGCCGAAGGACAUCUUCAAACUGCAAGACAUCAACGUCCGCAUUCCGCAGGGUUCUCUCACGGCGAUCGUCGGUGCUAUCGGCAGCGGCAAGUCGUCCCUCCUCCAGGGUCUCAUGGGCGAGAUGCGCCGCACGGGCGGCAGCGUCAAGUUCAACGGCUCGACGUCGCUCUGCGCGCAGACCCCGUGGAUCCAGAACGCAACCGUGCGCGAGAACAUUCUCUUCGGCCAGCCCUGGAACGAGGAGCGGUACUGGGCCGCGGUCAAGAACGCGAGCCUCGAGCCCGACCUCGUCCUCCUUGAGGACGGCGACGGAACCGAGAUCGGUGAGAAGGGCAUUACGCUGAGUGGUGGUCAGAAACAGCGUGUCAACAUUGCCCGUGCGAUCUACUUUGACGCGGACAUUAUCGCGCUCGACGACCCGCUCUCGGCCCUCGAUGCCGGCGUCGGCAAGGCCAUCUUCCACAACGCCAUCCUCGGCGCGCUCCACGGCAAGACCCGCAUUCUCGUCACGCACGCGCUGCACUUCCUUCCCUUUGUCGACAACAUCAUCGUCCUCGACAACGGCCGCAUCUCUGAGGUCGGCACGUACAAGGACCUCGUUUCGACCCCGAACGGCAGCUUUGCGCGCCUGAUCUCUGAGUUCGGUGCUGUCGACGCCGACGAGAAGGAGGCGGGCGACGAGGAGGGUGCCAUUGAACAGGACAACGAGGACAAGGCUAAGCCCAUUCCCCGCUCCGAGAUGGUCGCGCGCAAGGGCGGAGCCAUCUCGCUCAUGCAGACCGAGGAGCGUAACGAGGGCUCGAUCGCCGGUGGCACCUGGGGCGGAUACAUCAAUGCCGGUCGCGGCGUCAUCAUGAUUCCGACGCUGCUGUUCUGCGUUUCGCUCGCGCAGGUCUUCACGAUUCUGACGUCGUACUGGCUUCUGUGGUGGCAGCAGGGACACUGGGGCCUGUCGAACAACCUGUACAUGGGCAUCUACGCGUGUCUCGGUAUCGGCUCCGCGAUCUCCCUGUUCCUCAUGGGCUUCUCCAACUCGAUGUUCACCUACUUUGCUUCGGUGCGCCUGCACGCGCUCGCCGUGCGCCGCGUCAUGUUCUCCCCGCAGGCGUUCUUCGACACGACCCCGCUCGGCCGCAUCAUGAACCGCUUCAGCAAGGACAUUGACACGGUCGACAACACGCUCUCCGACGCUCUGCGUAUGGCGAUUAGCACGUGCGCCCAGAUUCUUGGUGCGGUCAUCCUACUCGCCAUCAUCUCGCCCUGGUUCCUCAUCGCCGUCGCCGUUGUCCUCUUCCUCUACUGGCACUGUGCUAUGUACUACCGCCGCUCGUCGCGCGAGUUUAAGCGCAUUGACUCGAUCCUCCGCUCCUCGCUGUACGCCCACUUCAGCGAGUCGCUCAGUGGCAUCUCCACCAUUCGCGCGUACGGUGAGGGCAAGCGUUUCGAGGACGAGAACGUCAAGCGCAUGGAUAUUGAGAACAGGGCCUACUAUUUAACGAUUAUCAAUCAACGUUGGCUCGGUCUCCGCCUCGACAUCCUCGGCUCUCUGCUCUCGUUUGCCGUCGCUCUCAUCGUCGUCUUCAACCACAAGGUCGGCGGCGCCCAGUCUGGUCUUGGUCUCUCGACGAUGGUGACUGUCCAGCAGUCGUUCACCUGGCUGGUGCGCCAGCUCGCCGAGGUCGAGAACGACAUGGUCGGCGCCGAGCGUAUCCUCUACUACGCCAAUGAGCUUGAGCAGGAGGCGCCGCAGGAGGUCAUCGAGAAGAAGCCUCCUCCCAACUGGCCCUCGGCUGGCGCCAUCGAGUUCAACGACGUGUACAUGAAAUACCGCCCUGAGUUGCCCGACGUGCUCAAGGGCCUCACCCUCAGCAUCGCCGCCAACGAGAAGAUCGGUAUCGUCGGCCGUACCGGUGCCGGCAAGAGUAGUAUCAUGGUGUCGCUCUUCCGCAUGGCCGAGCUGCAUGCCGGCAGCAUCGUCAUCGACGGCGUCGACAUCAGCAAGAUCGGCCUCCAUGACCUGCGCUCGCGCAUCAGUAUCAUCCCCCAGGACCCGCUCCUGUUCAGUGGCACGCUGCGCAGCAACAUCGACCCGUUCAACACCAAGACGGACGCCGAGUUGUAUGACGCCCUGCGCCGCGCUCACCUCAUCCCCGCGACGGCUGUCUACGCCGCGGAGACGGUCGAGGGUGCUGACGGAGAGAAGGAGACGGCACUUAUGAAUGUCAACCAGGGCUCGCGCUUCACCCUCGACUACCAGGUCGAGGAGGAGGGCGGCAACCUGUCUGUCGGUGAGCGUUCGCUCGUCUCCCUCGCCCGCGCCCUCGUUCGCGACCCCAAGGUCCUCGUUCUUGACGAGGCGACCGCGAGCGUCGACCUGGAGACCGACGCCCGCAUCCAGGAGACGAUCCGGCAAGAGUUCGGCGACAAGACGCUGCUCUGCAUUGCGCACCGUCUCCGCACCAUUCUGUCCUACGACAAGAUCCUCGUCAUGGCCGAGGGCCGCGUCGAGGAGUUCGACACCCCCAUGGCCCUCUUCAACAAGGGCGGACACUUCCGCGAGAUGUGCGACAAGUCUGGCAUCGGCAUCGACGCCAUCACGGCCGCGUCCCAGGUCCGCUUCGAGAGCAUCCAGGCUGCGUCGCCGAAGGUUCAGACCGCGCAGAUCGCUCCGGACAACACGACCGGGUACGACGUGAACGAGAAGGCUCAGUAG